GUUUAUAGAUUUUUAGUCGAAUUUCGUUUUUUCACGUUUAAAGUUCGAACGUGCGCUGAACGGACGGACUGUUGCGACCGGAGUGUUGUGUUGCGAGUGCGAAAGCGUAAAUCGGCCAGGCGGAAUUACCACGGAUAUAUAUCUGCACUUCCCCCGGAAAAGCAAUAUCGCCUAUAUAUUUUUAAAUCGUUUUCGAGUGAUCAUUGUGCUUUAUCUAAAUUAGACUGAGUUCAUAACAACGUAUACACAUGUGAAACAAAAUUAGCUAAGUAAAUAGCAAACUUUUGGAUAACCCCACGUUUCCGAAACCAUCAAAUACGUACGUGCCUCAUCAUAAAACGCGCCCUCAACGAGGCAUUCGAGCAAAACCACAAACCAAAAACGGCCAAGCCAAAGAAAUAUACGAGUAUAUAUUAAAUAUAUAUAUCUAACAAGGGAAAACCCUUAAAUAAAAACGUAACAAAACCAUAUGCGUGAAUCAACAACAAAAGCAAAAAAAAAUAUCCAACCAAGAAAAGAAAGUAAUGUGUAAAUUCUUUUUACACACAUAUCGUGUGUGUGCAUAAAUAUUAAAUCCAGCUGAGGCAAUUAUAAUACUUAAUGAAUUUAUUGCACAAUUAAAGCGAAGCCAACUAAUAACAACAAAUUAAUAUGCCGCUGGCGUGAAAGUCACAACUCGACGCAUGAGAAAUCUGAAUUAUUAAUGAAAUCGAAUUACAAACAAAGCCCCGACCAGCAGCAAUAACAAUUGCGAAUCGGAAUAAAAAAAAUACAAAGAAAAAAAACAAAAAUAAAUAAUCAUAAAUAAGUACACACAUCAACAAGAGCCGCGGAACGUGGACGGCUUAAUCAGCGAAAAGUCAGGCAGCUGGAAAAUACAAUUUGCAGGCAAGGCGCAGGCGCCGCUUUUCACACGAGUUGGCAGCACACGCCACAUAAAUUGGCAUUUACCGUUAAGCGCGCUGCCGUACUUUGCGGUUGGUAAAAGCAACAACAACAACAAUAAUAACCACAACAACAAUAACAAAUAACAACACAUAACAACUCAACACCUCCACCGAACCACCAAAGAAAAGCCGUCAAAGUGGAUUUAACAAAUUAUAAUAAAAUGCUGCAAUCCAGCAAUCAUCAUUAUUUAAGGCCGGAUUAUAUGACAGCUGCAGCUGCCCCAACAGCGCAGCUGGACAACAAAAGCAGUCCGUUGGCGCUAUUGGCCCAAACAUGCAGCGCCAUUGGUGCGGAUACCACAAACCCCAAGCUGCUGGCGGCGAACAUCGAGAAGUCCACAAAGCAAUUGCAGCACCACCAGCAAAAGGGAUCCAAUUCGGGAGGAGGAGGAGUCGGUGGAUCGUUUGGUUUGGGGCAACAGAUAUCGGCGGAUGGGAGUGCACGCGAUAAAUCCUCACCGGUUAGCAGUCAUUCAUCCAGCGUUAGCACCGGUUCCGUGGAGCAGCAGCAAUUGACCCCCGCCCACGGCAGCAAACCGACGCCGACAACCUUUAAGCCGUACGAGCCGAACAACAACAUAACCACAGCCGCCGAUUGUGGCGCCACAAAUCUCAGUAGUAGCAGCAACAACACCAGUGGCCAGCCGAGGGUUAAGACCCCCAAAUCGACUUCGAACGGCGGCGGCCAGCGUUGCGAUUCGAACCAAAGUGCCAGCUCGCAGCGAGAAUCGCCCACAGCUGCCGGUUCGCUGAGAAGAACCCCCACCUCGGGAUUGGGCGGCUUGAAUGCGAGUGCAGUCCAGCUCAAUGGAAGUCCCGGCCUGCCGCCCAAUGCCUCCUCCGCCGCCUCCUCCUCGUCGACGCCCGGCCGCAGUAAUUCCAAAGAGUCCGCUGCGAUGCACAGUCCAAGUGCAGCGGCAGCAGCGGCGGCGGCGGCCCAAAUCGCCAGCUCCAAUCGCCUGCAGGAGGCCGCUCUGGCCGCCGCCAAGGAGGCCAGUUACGUGAAGGCUCUGCACGCGGCCAGCCAGCAAGGAUCCGCCUCCGCGGCAGCAGCUGCUGCAUCCUAUUAUCCACCCGGUUACGGCAGCCCCUAUUCCAUGGACUUGAUGGCGGCCAGUUCGCUGAUGUCGCCGCACCACGCGAUGUUCAAGGCGUCGGCGAUGAACCCGUAUCUGAACUACGCCCGGAUGAAGGGCCUCACGGAGCAGUCGAUGAUGGCGGCCACUCCCAACGUUUGCCGCGAUCCCUACUGCACCGGAUGUCCGGCGAGUCCGCACUACAUCAACAAGGCGGCAGGGCAACCCUGUCCGGCGGGCUGUCCGCAGUGCGAGGGCGGCAGUAGUGGAUCCGGAAGUGGUGCCUCCAAGUCCAACAGUUCCCAGGGUGGAUCGGGAUCCUCGAGUGCAGCGGCAGCGGCGGCGGCAGCGGCAGCUUCAUCUUACCACGCCCAAUUGGCCGCCUUGGCAGCCGCCUCACAAAUGCCGUACGUUUGCUCGUGGAUCGGCAGCGAUGCCGCGUAUUGUGGCAAGCGAUUCGGCACCUCCGACGACCUGUUUCAACAUCUGCGAACGCACACGGCCUCCGUACCGGAUGCGGUACUCAGUGCAGCGGCCGCCGGCGGGAUACCGCCCAAUCAUCCGCUUUUUCAGCGAACCUACCCCACCCCUCCAUUGAGUCCGCUUUCGGCGGCGCGUUAUCAUCCUUACGGUAAACCCUCGAUGUUGCCACCGUCGCUGGCGCCACCUGGAAUGCCAGGGUUGCCACCGCAUCCCGCUCUGGCACAAUACUUUGCCCCGUACUCGUUAUAUGGUCCCCGGAUGGGAUCAUCGCAUCCGUAGUAGUCCGCAGGGGAUCCUGGGAAAGGGAAGAGUCCUUCGGCCUUCAGUCAAACCCAUCAUUUCUCUUGAGUCGUCGUCGUAUCUCUAUGUGUUUUUUUUAGGUGUAUAUGACUCACUCGUGAAACGAAAAGCUAGUGAUCUAAUGUACUGUAGUUACAUACAAAUGUGUUUACAAUUUUAGCUUAAGGAGUCUAGCCUCUAGAUAUAUACUAAUAUAUCUGAAUAUCGAUGAUAUAUAUAUAUAUAUAUAGAUGCAUAAAGAAUGCAGCACAUUAAAUAUCGCUCGUCCUUGUGUGGCUGCUACUAAACGCAUAUGAUAAUUUUAAUAUUAUUUAUUAUAUUCAAGCGAAAUGAUUACAGAAUUAACGAAAUGAAAAGAUUGUCCAAAAACUUAAAGUUGUAAAAUUCUUGUAAAAUAUAUAUAUGAGUAACUGCUUAUAAUUAAUUCUAUAUAUAUACCUAUACAUAAAUGUGUAAUUAUGAACACUAUUUUAAUGUUCAAUUAAGUCACUACAAAGAAAUCAAUAAAUCAAAGAAAAUUAAAUACCAAAACA